GCACUGCGUCAGCCAGAGUCGUGUGGUGCUAUAUAAAGAGGCGGUGAGCAGAGGGAGGGCUGCCGUGCAGCGGGUCACUCACACAGACAGGAGCCGGAGACGCUCAGCCUUCACUGGACCACAGAGAGACACACAGAGAGACAGACAGGAUAACCUCUCACAUAACAGACAACCAUGGCAGAUAAAAUUAAAGAUGCUAAGAUCGUCUUUGUGGUGGGCGGCCCCGGCUCAGGAAAAGGCACUCAGUGUGAGAAGAUCGUGGAAAAGUAUGGCUACACUCACCUGUCCUCAGGUGACCUGCUGCGUGCGGAGGUGGCAUCUGGUUCAGAGAGGGGCAAACAGCUGCAGGCCAUCAUGCAGAAGGGGGAACUCGUGCCUCUGGACACAGUUCUGGACAUGAUCAAAGACGCCAUGAUCGCCAAGGCUGAUGUCUCAAAGGGCUACCUGAUCGACGGAUACCCUCGUGAGGUCAAACAGGGAGAGGAGUUUGAGAAGAAGAUCGGUGCUCCAGCUCUGCUGCUGUACAUCGACGCUAAAGCCGAGACCAUGGUGCAGAGGCUGAUGAAGCGUGGACAGACCAGCGGCCGCUCCGACGACAACGAGGAGACCAUUAAGAAGCGUCUGGAUCUCUAUUACAAAGCCACUGAGCCCGUCAUCGCUUACUAUGAGACGCGUGGCAUCGUUAGGAAGAUUAACUCUGAGCUGCCGGUGGAUGAAGUAUUUGCUAUUGUUGUAAAAGCUAUUGAUGAGCUGAAGUAAACAGCACUUGACAACAAA